AUGGAACCUCCAGUUGUAUACACGGAACACAUUCCAGACCAUCCUCCCCAACUCCGCUCCUAUCAAGUAAGGUUGGCGGCUUGUUCCUUUGAAACUACGUCGAAAACUUGCCAAUCUGAAAAGCAAGGAUGUAUGCACUUGUCCGUGCCGACAAUGUAUACGACUACUGCUCCUACUACAUACCAGUCAGCUAUGGCCAUCAUAAACAGCUCCUCUCGAGCCGUCAACGACUUGAUGUCAAUGUUCAAAGCACGUAUCACUCUCAUGUUCCCCUGGAUUAGUCAAAUGUCUGAUAUGCAAGCUGAAUGUGCUGGCUGA